AUGUCGUCUCCCACAGUGCAAAGAGCCACUGGCACUCCUCGCAAGCUACGUGCCGAAUCCGGCUCCAGCGCCGGAAAUAUCGCCGAACAGAGCCCCUCUAAACGAACACCCCAGAAGCUCCAAGUCCGAAGCCGCAAGCCGAUCGAAGAAGACGUCCCCGAAGAACCGGCUACCCCGUCCCCGAAACCACGGAAGACUGUUCAGGGUGAGCAGCGUGAUGCUCCCGAAGAGACACAGUCGCAGGCUUCCGGGUCUGCCGGGGGGCUGGGAGGACUGGCUGGUGGUCUGACCGGGCAGGUGAAGGAUACUGCUGGGGCAUUGACGAGGAGGGGUGAGCAGACCGUGGCGAACGCGACCGGGGUUGAUUUGUCGUUCUUGAAGGGGCUUGAGGUUAGUGAAUGGGGCCAGGUACUGGGUGAUGAUGGGAAUCCUGUUGGUCGCAUUGUGGAGGGCGAGCCACAGGAUCUUGUUGGAUAUGCUGUUGGGGAUAAUGGUGAGAUCCUGGAUGAGGAUGGCGACUUGAUUGGUCGUGUUGAGGCUCUGCCGGAGGCGAUUCAGGAGAAUACGGACCAGGCGAAGAAGGCUAUCGGUGGUCUUGCUGACUUGAAUGGUAUUCCGGUGUCUGAGGGGGGUUUCAUCAAGGAUGAGGCUGGAGAGACGGUUGGUAAGGUCGUGGAAGGGGAUGCUCAGGAUCUCGUUGGGUACGCGCCCAAUGAGAAAGGCGAGAUCCUUGACGAUGAAGGCGACCUUGUCGGACGGGUCGAGCCUGUGUCCAAGGCUGCAAGUGCUACUGGAAGUGUUGCAGAUUCUCAAAAGUCGAAUUCCCAGGGCACCAAGAGUGUUGGAAAGAGCGCCAGCGAGGAAGUAACAGAGGAGGUUGACAAGGAUGAUUCCGCCACGAAGGAUAUCGAAGACACGGCGGAAGAGAAAGUCGAUGACGCCGAAGAGCAGCUGCCUCCCCUCUCCACACUCGAGGGUUUGAAAUGCAACAAACUGGGCAAGAUCAUCAAUCCAUCGACUGGAAAGCCAGUCGGUGAACUGGUUGAGGGCGAUCCGAAGAAGCUUACUCGGCUUGGUGCCACACUUGAUGACCAGGGCCAGUUCUGGGAUAACCGUGGAAAUGUAAUUGGGCGUGCCCAAACAAUUCCCCACCAGGAUUAUAGUGAUGAGCCUCCCUUCGCCGGCUUAGAUGGCCUCCAUGUCGUCGAGGACGGAUGGGUUGAGGACAGCAAGGGCAAGCGUGUCGGCAAGAUCGUUGAGGGUGAACCUAAGAAGGUCCUCGGUCGUCCUGUUGAUGAGGAUGGAGAGGUCACUGACCAGCAUGGCAAUGUCGUCGCAAAGGCCGAAUACUAUGAGCAGCCCGACGAACCAGAGCCUGAGGAACCUGAGGUGGUCGACCUAUCAAAACUGGACGGAUUGACCUGCAACAAACUAGGAUACGUUAUGGGACCCAACGGAGUACCAAUUGCACGUGUCGUGGAAGGAAACCCUAAGGAGCUCGCCGGUAAAGAAAUCGAUGAUGGCCAGAUCUGGGACGGUCGCAAACCCAUUGGACGCGUUGAGCUUAUCCCUGAGAAUGAGCGUGAGAAGAAGCCUGAAGGCCCGUUCGCUGGCCUGGAGAACCUGGUUGUGAACAAGAAAGGAUUCGUGGAGGACACGGAUGGUAACAUCGUCGGCAAGGUCACUGAAGGCGAAUUGAAGAACCUGCGCGGGCGCACUGUGGAUGAGGAUGGAGACAUCAUCGACAAGUUUGGUAAUGUCAAGGGACAUGCCGAGCCAUACGAGCCUCCAGAAGAGGAGGUAGUCGAAGAAGACUUGUCAAUCUUAGAAGGUAAAACCGUCAAUAAGGCCGGCAAUGUCGUGGACGCCCAAGGAAACGUCUAUGGCCGAAUCACCUCGGGUGACAAGCGACUUGCUGGACGGAAGGUUGAUGGCAAAGGCCAAAUCUGGGGUGACGAUGGCAAGGUCAUUGGUAAGGCCGAGCUUGUCCCUGGCGCUGAGCAAGAGAAGCCCGAAGGUCCCUUCUUCGGCUUUGAUGACGCGGAAGUUGGGAAGGACGGUGUAGUCACUUCUGGUGGCAAGAUUAUUGGCCGUGUCAUCGAAGGUGAUGCCAAGCGACUCCAGGGACGCAAGGUCGACGAAGAUGGAGAUAUCUUGGAUAAGAAUGGAAAUACUAUCGGCCGAGCAGAACGCUGGGAGCCGGAGGAGAAGCAACGAAGCGUCAACCCUAUGGCUGGCCGCAAAGUUACCCGCGAGGGUGAAGUACGUGAUGUUGAUGGUAACCUUAUCGGAAAGCUGACCUCCGGCAACUUGGCUACUCUCGUGGGCAAGGAGAUCGAUGACAAUGGCUUUGUCGUUGACAAUGAUGGCAACAAGCUUGGCGAGUGUACCCUGAUCGAGAAUAUCCCCGAGGAGAAGGAGGAAGAGGUCGUCGAGGAGGAGCCAGGCCCGUCGCCAGAAGAGCUCGAGGAGCAGAAGAAAGCUGAAGAAGAUAAACAGCUGGCCAAGAAGAUGAGCGCCAUUAUCGGACAAACCUUGGAUCGUGUUCGACCGAUCUGCAAGAUGAUUACCGAGCACAUUGAGAGAGCCGAGCGUACCCCGAAAGAGGAAUUGGAUGAGGAAAAACUGGUAAAGGAUGUCAAGCCACUGCUGGAAGAGGGAGGCCGAAUCCUCCAAGAAUGCAACGGCGCUAUCCGAGCCCUUGAUCCAGAUGGUCGUAUCGCAGCUACAGCAAAGGCUCGCGCUGCUUCACACGAAGCGUCUCCCGAAGAGUAUGCUCUCGCCGACCAAAUCAAGGAAAUGACAGAUACCGUCGUUAGUUGCAUUGAGAACGGGAAAAAGAAGAUUGCCGACAUGCCUCAUGCGAAGAAACAGCUCAACCCCCUCUGGGCCCUUCUCAGCGAGCCCUUGUUCCAGAUCAUUGCCGCUGUAGGCUUGCUGCUGACUGGCGUGCUUGGGCUUGUUGGUCGUCUACUUGAGGGUCUCGGCCUGGGACCUCUCGUGAAUCGCUUGCUCGGCGGCUUGGGCCUUGACAAGUUGCUUGAUAGUCUGGGCUUAAGUUCUAUCACUGAUGCCCUUGGCAUAACUGGCAAGAAGAAAUAG